GGUAGGCAGCAUCACUGGCUGGAAGUGUUUGGUUUGAUGAAAUCAGGAAGUUAACGCUUUUCCUUUGCAAUCCGUGCUUGUGAGUGUUCCUUCGGCUCUUUUGUCUUUGGUUAAACAUUCAGUUGUGGAUUUAUCGAAGUUUUGCCUGUUCAAUGCUUUAGAAGUGCAAAAAUCAAUACCAUUCGACAGUGCAUGAACACUACGGACAAUGCGCCCAUCUCUAACCAGUGUCUUCCACCACACCAGUGACUCAGACUGGGACCAGUCCCACUGACCACCACCACCACCCUGUACUGGUCCCAGUUCAGUCCUGCCCUGCUGUGGAGGAGGAGGCAUGUCCUACUGGUCUGUAGGCCUCUCCAAGGCCACUGGAGACACACAGAGCAACAACAUGGAGGACCAAGAGAAACAAGAUGGUGAACAAGAUGGUUCUUUGGCGGUGGAGGACAUGGGAGCCAAGGUGUCUGCGAUGGGCAGCGGUGGAGCCUCCUCUCUGGGUCCGUCUCCAACCCUGGAGAACAUCCAGGCAGCGUACGGGGAAGGGGAGGGCAGGAAGGCCCGGGAGCUGAUCCAGCAAGCCUGCUGUGUGGAGUGUAGCGCGGCUAGUCCUCGGCUGGAGGGGCUGCGUCUCCUGUGUGUGGCCACCCAGCAUGGUGAUGCGGAGAGUGUAAGUUACCUCCUCCAUGAGGCCCGUGUGCCCCUGCCCCUGGAGCCGUCGGAGGGAAACCCCGCCGUCCUUGCUGCCCACUAUGGACAUGUCAGCCUGGUCAGAGAGCUGCUCGACUCAGUACCAGGUCCGUGUGUCCACAGAGAUCUGCUGAACUGGAUGUUGGUGUCGGCGUGCCAACAGGGUCACCUGGAGGUGGUUAGAAUGUUGGUGCAGGGUUACCAUGCUGACGCUGAGGACUGUGCCAUCCACAACGAGGAGUUUGCUGUCAUCACGGGGCUGCCUCUCUAUGCUGCUGCACGCGCAGGUAAUGAGGACAUAGCUAGUUUCCUGCUGCAGAAUGGUGCUGGGUUCUCCUCCUACACCCUGAUGGAUUAUCCUGCCUUCAGCAGACUGCUCCUUGAACAACGACUGGUAGAAGAAGCAGACACACACACAGGACCAGCAGGAGAAAAGCUACUAUGUGGCCGUUGGUCAGGUCUGAAGCUGCCGUGGUUGGAGCUGGACUGGUUCAUGGACGUGUCGUCCCGUAUUUCCCACCUGGACCUGUCCUGUAACAGCCUCAGCACCCUGCCCUCCGUGGUUCCCUGGGGGCUCAUACAGCUCCAGACCCUAGACCUCUCCAACAACCUGUUCAAAGAGCUGCCCACAGCACAAAGCUCACAGGAGAUCAUCUGCUCAAGACUUCGCCAGGUGAAUCUGUCUCAGAAUGAGUUGACCAGCCUGCCGUCCGGACUGCUCCAUCUCACCAGAGUCCAAAGCUCUCCGCUGUUAAGAACAAGCUCACCUCCCCUAUUUGACAUUCCUAAUGGUACUAACUGGAUAGGUCUGCGUAAGCUGGAGGAGCUGGAUGUGUCUGAUAACUGUCUGACCAGUCUUCCUUCUGCCGUUCUGCACUCUUUCAAAUCCCUCACGUCCCUCAAAGUCUGCCGGAACAGACUCACCAGCUUCCCUGACCCCUGGGCCUGCCCUCUGAAGCACUGUCGAGCCUCAUCCAACGCCAUCGAGAGUCUUCCCAAUACCAUCUCCAUCUUCUGGAGAACUCAGCUGCAGGAGGUGGAUUUCUCGGACAACGUCAUCAAGGAGCUGCCCUCCUAUAUAUUCGAGCUGGAGGCCCUGGUCUCUCUCAGACUGUGUAAGAAUCAGAUCUCCACUCUCCCGGCACCCAACAAGUGGAAAUGCUCUCUGCUCAGAACCCUUGACCUCUCCAGGAACCAGCUGGGCAAGCCUGAGGAGGGACCCAAAACCAGGAAGCUGGCCUUCCUGACCACAUGGCACCGAAGAGACCCUGACCCAGUAUGCCCAAUCGAGUUUCCAGUAAUUUUGCGGGAUACGUUGGAAGUGCUUUCCUUGAACGACAACCAGCUGGAGUGUGUGCCCCAGUCCGUGUGUGGCCUGAGAAACCUCACGGAGCUCUACCUCUCCAAUAAUCCAGGUAUUCGAGAGCUUCCAGCUGAGUUGGGGCAGCUCUCUAACCUGUGGCAGUUGGACAUUGAGGACCUCAACAUCACUAAUGUUCCCCAGGACAUCAGGAAAGAAGGUCCAGCAUCAGUGUUGUCCUUUCUCCGAGCCCACCUACGGAAGGCGGAGCCCUGUAAGCUGCUGAAACUGCUUGUGAUUGGUCCUCCUCGGCAGGGAAAGACGGCCCUCCUGGAGGUGUUACAGACGGGCAGGACCUCCCCUUUCUCCCCUGCAGAACGAAACAUCAGCACAGCUACUUGGGAACUGGACAGACCCAAUGGUGUUAAAGCUAGCACGGACUCUGUGGCGUUCAACGUGUGGGACAUCGGCGGUCCGGCCAACAUGUCCACGGUCAACCAGUGUUUCUUCACGGACAAGGCCCUGUACGUAGUCAUCUGGAACCUAGCUCUGGGAGAGGAGGCUGUAGCCAAUCUGCAGUCCUGGCUGCUUAACAUUGAGGCGCGUGCCCCUAACUCUGCGGUGGUGGUGGUGGGUACCCACCUGGACCUGAUCGACACCAAGUUCCGUACAGAGCGGGUGGCCACACUGAGGGCCUACAUCCUGGCACUCAGCAGGUCUCCAUCAGGCGCCAGGGCCAGUGGCUACCCAGACAUCACCUGGAAACACCUGCAUGAGGUAUCGUGUAAGACCCAGGAGGGUCUGGAUGGUCUGAGGAGGUUGAUCUUCCAGGUGGCCUGCUACAUGAAGGACAACAGCAGUAGUUCAGCUAGCGGACACAAGCUGGUGGGCAGACUGAUCCCAAAGAGCUACCUGACGCUGCAACAAGCGGUGCUAGGUGAGCGGGGGCGGCGGGACGCAGAAGACGAGGUCCAGUACCUGACAGACGCACAGCUGGACCUCGUCAUAGAGCAGAACCCAGGAAGUGACAUCAGAGACUACGAGGACCUGCAGACCGCCAUAAGCUUCCUGAUCGAGACAGGCACCCUACUCCACUUCCCAGACACCAGUCACGGCCUGUGUACCCUCUACUUCCUCUGUCCCGUGUGGCUGUCGGAGUGUCUGGAGCGGAUCAUCCACCUGAAGAGCUCCCGAUCGGUGGCCUGGAACGUGAUCCGAGCGGAGGACCUCCGCAUGCUCCUGGUGGGAACGGGCUUCACCCAGCAGACGGAGGAGCAGUACUUCCAGUUUCUGGCCAAGUUUGAGAUUGCUCUGCCUGUGGCCAGCGAUAGUUACCUCCUCCCCCACCUCCUUCCUCCUAAACCUGCUAUGGACAUCCACGGCUUCCGCCAAGAGACCGCCAACACCAUCCAGCGGCUCUUCAAGAUGAGCUUCGUGCCGGCGGGAUUCUGGGAACGUUUCAUCGCCCGCAUGCUCAUCAGCCUCACAGAGAUGGACCUCCAGUCCUUUGAGCCUAAGAAGAAUGCUAAGAGCGAACGGAGGAGGACCACGGUGAUCUACAAUUUUGCGGGGACAGGCAGCCAACAGAGGAACCGCUGUAGCACCUUCAGAGUCCGCCGCAGUAAGACCAUCUACUGGAGAGAGGGACUACUGGUCACCUUCGACGGAGGGUAUCUAAGUGUGGAAUCGACUGAUGUCAACUGGAAGAGGAAGAAAAGCGGAGGCAUCAAGAUCAUUUGUCAAUCAGAGACCAGGGAUUUUUCAGCCAUGGCCUUCGUUACGGAUCACGUCAACUCCCUCAUCGAACAGUGGUUCCCUGCACUGACGGCCAGUGAGAGUGAUGGGACCCGGUUGAUUGAGCAGUACUCCCCCUGUCCCCAGUGUUCCUCCAUGAGCAGACAGAACCAGGGGCCUGGGAGUCUGGGAGAACCCCCAACCAGGGGGACUGCAGCUGGAAGAAGAGGAGGAGAAGGCAGAGAAAAGGUUGGUGGAAGAGGAGAGCACUUCUUCAACAUGGAGGACUGUGUGAUCGCUGCCAUGGACCAGGACUACAUAGUGUGUCCCCAGCACCCCGACCAGCCUGUCCCCCUUCAGGAGCUGGUCCCAGAGCUUUUCAUGACCGACUUCCCCUCACGGUUGUUUCUAGAGAAGGCCCAGUUGGAGUGUAGUGAGGAGGAGAGUGAUAUCCUGGGCCAGGGGGGCAGUGGAGCUGUCAUCUACAGAGCCUGUUACCGCGGCCAACCAGUCGCCAUCAAACGCUUUCACUUCAAGAAGUGCAGGCAGCAGACCAUCAGCAGUGCAGACACCAUGAUGAAGCACUUCCAGUCCAUGGACGCGUGCCGGAGCUUCUCAGAGUUCCGCCAGGAGGCCAGCAUGCUCCACUCCCUGCAGCACCCGUGCAUCGUGGCCCUGGUGGGAAUCAGUAUCCACCCGCUCUGCUUCGCCCUGCAGCUGGCUCCCCUGGGCAGCCUCAACACUGUGCUUUCUCCCUCCCCAUCAGGCUCCAGGUACAUGCCCCUGGGUCACAUGCUCACCUUCAGGGCAGCCUAUCAGAGCAGCGGGCUGGCCUACCUGCACAGGAAGAACAUAAUCUUCUGUGACCUCAAGUCAGACAACAUCCUGGUGUGGUCCCUGGAGGUGUGUGACCUGGUGAAUAUCAAGCUGUCGGACUACGGCAUCUCGCGCCAGUCCUUCCACGAGGGGGCACUGGGGGUGGAGGGCACGCCGGGAUACCAGGCCCCCGAGAUACGCCCAGGCAUCGUUUAUGAUGAGAAGGUGGAUAUGUUCUCGUAUGGGAUGGUUGUGUAUGAGUUGCUGUCAGGUUGUAGGCCUGCGUUGGGCCAGCACCAGCUCCAGAUAGCUAAGAAGCUGUCUAAAGGGAUCCGUCCGGCCCUGGGGAGCCCAGAGGAAGUCCAGUUCCACUGUCUGCACGGCCUGAUGAUCGAGUGCUGGGACACUAAGCCUGAGAAGAGACCCCUGGCCAUGCAGUGUGUGAGGCAGAUGCAGGAGCCCAGUUUCCCGUGUCUGAGGUACCUGCUGUCCUGUGACACACACUCCCAGCUCUUCCUGUCCCACCUGCAGGGACACAGCGCUGUCUUCUGGGACGGGGACAAGGACGACAGGAACUACAGUGUGGUGAACGUAGAGAAGGGUCAGGUAGAGGUGAAGAGGAUGCCGUGUCCAGGAUCCAGGCUGAGCUGUCAGAUGAAGAUGGACAACACCUUAUGGACCGCCACAGAGGAGCAGGAAGUGUUCAUCUACAGUCUAAAGGAGAUGUGUCCACUGAGCCAGCCCCAGAAACAGCUCUCCUGUCCUGCUAUAGUCACCUGUCUGUUCCCCGUGCCCGCCAGAGACCAGACCCAGGCGCGUGUCUUCAUGGGGAUGUCAGACGGUCUGGUGGCAGUGUACUCCCUGGUGGAUGACAUGCCUGUAGAAGGAGAGACCUAUCUGUGUUCUCACACCCUCAAUACGACCAUGUUUGGGAUGGAGGACUCUGACCCAAGACAGAGACCCUACCCAGUCAGGAGCAUGGUCCUGGUCCACAGUGGCUCCCAGCUGUGGUACUCCCAUGGUCCAGGCCUGCUGGUGAUCAACUGCCGGACCCUCCAGGCGGUGCGUCGUCUGGAACCCUACGACCCCCCAUCCUCCAUACAGGCCCUGGCCUCAGCCUCUGUCUGUCAGGGUGAGGCAGUGUGGACCCUGGACGACCACACCAACACCCUACAGCUCUACCACGCUGCCACCUACCAGCUCUGUGCCACGUACAGCUGUGGCGACGCCAACCCUCUCCGGGACGUGUUCACUGUACAGCGACCUGCAGGGGUUACCAUGGAUACGACUCCCUGA